AUUCAACAAAAACUUGUUCCACAGGACCGAACUCGAUCGAUCCAACAGCAGGGGCAGAAAACGAAUUAGAAUUAUUCUUAUCGCAUGAAGAUCGUUCUUGUGUAAUUGAAGAAGUAGCUUCAGACUUUCACCUCCAGAGCCACGCCAGAAAUCCUUGGAUUUCUCGAAUUCGAUCGAAUUUCCGGGACUACCUCUUUGAGCAAUUAACGAGCCAGCAGAACAUCAUGGGAGGUUCUGGUUUGUUCGCGAGCGGCGCAAACUUCGGGGCAUUUUGCCCCCUUCUCAUUCUCACGGCAUGCUUUUUGGCCGACAUCACCAGGAGCAACGGCGGCCCGUGGACCCUAGCAAAAGUCCUGGCCGCACAGCAGCGCGGGCGUCCGGGGUACGAUUCAUCUGCAGCAGGAGCGGCUGCGUCGGGGGCGUCUUCGCCUACUCUACGGGGAAAUUUGAUCGAGGAGGGCGCCGCAAGCGGUACGUCAACGGCGUCGGCAAAGAAAAGUAAAAAGCCGCGGGUGUCCUUUACCUCCGCCGCAACUGCGUCUCCACUGGGCAGUGACCGCAGCCACAGCAGCCCUCCGAGUAUGGGGCGCAAAAUGCAAAAACGUGGCCGUGGUGGACGGGCGUCGGGAAACAACCGCGGCAGUGGCAGUAGCAAGGAGAAGGAUGAAGAUCACUACCAGGACAAGGAGCAUUAUGUCGCGAAAUCAGAUCGUGCUCGUAUUCGUGGUCUACGCUUUGAUCUACCAAGUGCUACUAGGGACGACACUGCGGCGCAGGACGUGUCACCGCACUCGGCCGGCCACGACCUGGGCAAAGACACCUUUAAGUAUUGGAUUACGCACUAUCAAGGGAGGCUGAAAGAGAAGAAGAAAGCAAAGGAAGAAAAGGGUGCAUCGCGUACGCUGUCGGAACAGCCAGCUUCUGCGACAUCGACUGACGCAGCGAGCCUGAUGUUUCCGGCUGAAGAGCGAGGCGGCAGUGGCUCUCCGACAGACGAGCACACAACGAUCGAGCUCCACCACGGGACUGAAACGCAGGACGCAGGAAACUUCGUGCGACACAGUGACUCGGACGAGGACGUUGUGACGAUUUUGCAGCGGGAACUCGCCGAAGCCCAGGGGGCUGCUGGACCGGAGCACUACCGCAUUUGCACGACGUCGUUUACUCGCGGGAAUCAGCAGGACGACGAAGAACAGGAGGAAAUGUCGCGGGUAAACGCGGCUCUCUCGUCCCAAACCGAUCUGCCUCUACAAAUCGCACUCCCUCACUACCGUCCUCCCAACGCAGCCCGUCUCUUGACAGCGUUGCUGUUCGCGGCGGGGCGGGACGUUUUGUUUCGGGGCUCCAACUACUUCUGCUUCAACCUUUUUGCGAACAAAUUUGGCAAAGGCUUUCUCGCGCGGCUGUUCGGCAGCGGGGCAAAGAGCAGCUCCGAGCGAGGAAAAGGAAAAACCAGGAGCAGGAAGUCGCCGGCUCAAGCAUUUGAUCACCUCGAGCGAAACGUGUUCGAUGUUUUCGCUGAUGGUGACAAGUCUCCAGGGGGUCAUCACCCUGCUCUAGACAGCUUUUCGGAGGACGUCUACCGAGCACGAAAAGUCCAAAGCGGCGGCCAGCACGACAAUGCGAGCGAAAAACAGUCCUUUGACUCUCGCCUCUACGAGAGGGCGAACGAAGAACUGCUCACGGAAAACGAGCCGCCAGGUGCUUUGGAGCACGCCCUGUACGGCGAAACGCUGCUUCUCACUGGCGUGACGUCCGGCAUCGGGUUAGCAGCGCUGAAAGAAAUUGUCGCGCGGCAGCCGGCCCGGUUGCUGAUUUUGGUUAAGGACGCAGGUGAGGUGGUUCCCGAUGAUGAACAGGAAUACGACCGGUAUUUCAACACGAUGGGCGGCAGGGACCAUGAGGUCAUUGCGGAUAGUUACGAUUUUCAUUUUGAUCUGCUGCAGUCGUCUCGCGAGGAGCUGGAGCGCGAGGGAGAUGUAGACUCGACUCUGUCCAAAUUGCUCGGGACAAAGUUGAAGCUGGAGUCCAAUACGACGACGGGGACGACUGGUGCCCGUGCCGCUGCGAAAAAUGCAACGAGUGAAGACAGCGAUGGGCAAGGAAAAUACUAUGGUGAGACCGAAGUGUACAACAACGAAGGGGAGCACGACCACCAGCACCACAGGAGCAUCUCCGACGCUAGUACCAGUGUGCAAUCCGCUGACAAGUUCCGGAACCUGAUCAACCUGGCUCGGAACGCGCUAGGGAUUCAAGUUCACUUCGUGAUUGCGGAUUUGAGUUUGCCCCGAGAAGUGAUUCAUGCCGCCAAACAGAUCCGCGAUGUGCUGCGCUCAGUAUCCUCGUCCUCGCGUUUGUUGAGCGAAAGCAGCGGAAAUAUCGUAUCCCGGUCGACGACGGCGGCGCACGAAGGAAGUGGACAGAACAACACUGGGGCCUCGUCGUGCCGGGCAGGACUAGAUGAGGACACGGCAAAGGUGAGGCUUCAAGAACACAGUUCGGACGAGGACGAGGUUGACGAUGACGAAGUUCCAAUUUCGCCGAGUAGUUGCCUCCGGCAGGAUCACGGCACCGCGAAGCAGGAAGAUGCGGCUGGCGCCGGCGGAGGUUCCACUGUCAACACCAGCGAGGAGCCGGAGCAGAGCGAUGCAGAAGUAGUGCAGAUGAUUGAUCGCGUGAUGCUGAACGCCGGCAUUUCGGAUUCCGACUCGCCCUGUCGGACCAAGGAGGAUAAAUUAGAGCGGCAUUUUGCGGCAAACUUCAUCGGCCCGGUUUUGCUCCUGGAGGAGCUUUUCCCCAGCAGCACCAAACCCCGCACAUCGGACGGUGCGUCGACGUCCACUUCCGGACGUCGGGGGAGUGGUCAAAGUUCUUUCGACACAGCUACGUCUUCUCUCGUGUCGGCUUCGGGACUGGCGCUUUCGUCAUCAAGCUCCCAUCUCGGAGGUGAUGCAGCUGCCGCGGGUGGUGGAGCGUCCUCGUCGAGUUGCGCGAUUCUCACCUUGAAUUCAGAUGGCGCCGGCGGAACGGGCAGUAGCCCCGAGCUCGUCUGUGCAGACGAAGCUGCACAGAGGACAAGCAGUACCACUCUACUGCAAGACGACCACACCGAGGACGAUCUUCCUAACCCCAAAACCGCACUGAAGAUUUUCAGUGAUCGGCUGGAGCAACAGUACGGAGCAGAAAACCUUCAAUCCAGCACGUCUUCGAUGGAGGAAUCGCGCCAGCAACUGCGCUUGUCGUCGCAAAAUGAAAAUCCACAUACGACUCUAGUAGAACAAGAAAAUGACGAGAAGAAAGGCCCGGAUCACUUUGCCGGUACUAGCACAACCAGGGCUGCAGUCGCGCCGCAACAUGAUCUUCAAAACCCGGCGGGGGCGAAGAAAACGACGAUCGUCGUCACGGGUUCUUUCACAGCCUGGGAUCUCGCGGAGGGCGUCGUGCGUCUGGACGAUCUGGAAUUCGAGCGCCAUUCGCCACACUUCCUCGGCGUCCCAAACUCCUUGGCGUACGGCCACUCGAAGCUGUUGCUGCACGCGUAUUUCAAAACUUGGGCGGAAAAACAUCCGCAGUUCCACGUCUUUGUGGCCGAUCCGGGCGUAGUAAACACCAAGCUGCACACGACUCUGAAGAGAGGCUUGAAAGGCGAAAUCGAAAACGAGACCAUCUCCUCGAGAUGUAACAAGGGCGGCGAGACUGCAGCAGCAGGAGCAGAAGAUGCUGGUGCGAGGACGUCCUCGCGUGUUGAUAGGGUGCAGCGAGAUCAUGUGUGCCCUCCUGCCGCAACUGGAAGCCUCUCUUCCUUCGGGAAGGACGCGAUUGCGGCGAGUUGUCAAACCGUUGCGUCCUCCAGCAUGGAUGUUGAUGACGAAGUAGAAGAUGUUGGCGAAUCUUCACUUACUACAGCUUCGAGCGGGACCAAAAGUUCUAACCGCAUCUUCAAGUCGUCCACGACGCGAGCGAUCAUGAUCAAGAGGCAGGCCAAACCGAACUUCCUCCAAAUCUUGGUGAAGAACAAGCUCGUUUCUGAGUUUCGGAAGAAACUAGUGAACUGGUUUUACCGAACGAUUAUCCGCCUGGGAUUUCUGCGUUCGCCCGAAGUGGGCUGCUUACCGCUGCUUCGUGGACUAUUCGCGAAGAGGCUCGUCCUCGCAGGCGACACGUCCUCCGCUCGCUCGAGAAAGUUUCCCAUCGUGGUGGACGGGCAGGAGCAGAAAAAUCACCCAGUCGAGCUGUUGGACCACGGCUUUUCGCACUCCAUCAUGUACCCCACUCUCAACUUCUGCAAGUACAUCGACUGGGGCAAGUUCGGUGCCGUACGAAAAAAACCACCCUCCUUCCGGAUGGAUCGUUUCGAAGACAGCGACGUCACUUGUUUACUCCCGGCGAUUAGCACGGACUUGUGCAGUGAUCGGGAGACGGGGAUGCCCUCAGCAGUGUGCGAAGAAUUAUACGCGAGGAUGCAGCAAUUUAUGCGGAAGCUUCAGGCGAGGUACGGAACGACCACUGGUGGCCGAAAUGACUGAAAAUACAAAUGGAAAAAAAUGAGAACCAAACUAGAUCAUAUCAGUCGGCGGACGUGGAACAUCAUCAGCAUGAAGACUGUCUUGUGUUUUAAUACAAGACUAUGACUAAGAUUCAGGAUGUUGUUCUUGUAAAGUGCUCAUUGCCAUGCAUGUUCAUCAGACAUGUUAGGAGAAGUGACCCUAUUAAACAUCAACUCAGAAAAGCAAGAAAUAUUUUUGUGUAUGAAAGUUUUUUGACGAUUGAGAUGAAAGUGAUAGAGGUAGUACCCU